AUGUGGGCCCUUGCUUGUCAAGUCCUUCUCUUGUUGCUCUUGGAAGGUGACCAACGGGGACUCUGGAGAUGGUGUAGAUCCGAGGAGGUGGUAGCUGUUCUUCAGGAGUCUGUCUGCCUUCCCCUAGACGUAUCAUCUGAUGAAGAGGUUGAGAGCAUCAUCUGGUCAACUCAUAUACAGCUUGCAAUUGUGGUGGCAGACAAAGAGGGAAAUCCAGCAACCGUUACUGUGACCAACCCGCACUACAAGGGCCGAGUGAGCUUCCUGGGCCCCAGCUAUUCCCUGCAGAUCAGCAAUCUGAGCUGGGAUGACGCAGGGCCUUAUCAAGCUCAAGUCAAUUUGAAGACGUCCCAGAUCUUUACCACACAGAGCUACAAUCUACGUAUCUACCGACGGUUGUUGGAGCCCCGAGUCACUGUGAACUUUGAGCUCUCUGGAGAAGAUGCCUGUAAUAUAUCCCUGACAUGCUCCAUGGAGAAGGCAGGCCUGGAUGUGACCUACAGCUGGAUAUCCCAGAGGAACAGCACUGAUUUAGCCCAUGAAGGCCCUGUCCUCAGCACGUCCUGGAAGCAUGGAGACAAGGCCCUGUCCUAUACCUGCAGAGCCAGCAACCCCGUCAGCAAUGUUACCUCCCGUCUGAUUCAUGCCGGACUUUUCUGUGCAGAUUCUGGAUUUCCUUCUGAGAAGGCUUCGUCUUCCUUCUGCCUCCUGGCCAAAGGAUUGCUCUUUUUCUUGCUCUUGGUAGUUCUGGUUGUGGGGAUCUGGAUCAUCCGAAUCCAGAAAAGAUGCCAAAUGCCAAAGAUGAAGAAACUCAGGCGAAACAGAUUGAAACUUAAGAAGAGAGGGAAGCCUGGCCCCAGCCUAGCCUGA